AUGGAGGAUAACCCAUUUGAAAGAAUUGCUAGGGUAAAAAUUAUCGGUCCUCCAAUCUACCUGAGAUCGGAAGAGAAUGUUAAAUCGGUAUUAAGUAACAUUGGAAACAUCAUUGAAGUCGACGGAAGUCAGAAUUGGCACACUAUCGAUCUCUCGUGCGCCUUUGCUAGAAUCAUUACUGGAGACAAAUUACCAAUCAACAAGGUAGUCAAUUGCUUAUUCAAUGGGAAAUCAUACACUGUUGGUGUGGCUGAAUGUGAGGACGUAUGGCAACCUUUUUCCAAAUAUUAUGAAUCCGACUCAGAGGAAUCAAUCCAUAAUGAGGUGAAUAAUGGGGACGUGGAGGAUCACGAACUCUCCGAUUCAGACGUCGAUGGUAUAUCAGAAACGUGGGGCCAUAAUAACCAACAAGAAGUAGAAGAGGGGGAAAUAAUUAUGGAAUCUGAAUUGAUCGGAGAAAAUGACGAUGCAAGGACGAUGGGUGACGAAUCACCGGUGCCGGCAGUUGCAGAAAAGACGAGGAACAUCGAAACGGUAAGCCCUACGUUUAAUGCAGGAGGUGAAAAGUCAUCUGGGAAAUUAAACUCGGCUUCAAACCUUCACUCCAAUUUGAAUAUUAAUGCAGAUUCAACCGUUGCACCAGAGGAUAGUAUUGGCCCACAACCUGUUGGACAAGUUCAAAAUAUAUUAAUUGGGCCUUCCCCUAUUAUUUGCCCCAUACUCCAUUAG